UUUAAACUAUUUAAAAAGACUUAUUUUCGCAAAAUCAGAUAAGGUACUUAUUUCCCUGAAAAUAUGGCUAGAAGGACGGAUACCGGGCACGUCGAGACUUAACUCGGGGGUUUCACACGUGCGAAAUUUCAAAAAUAUAAAAAAGUGCGCCUCAGCUUAUAUAAACUAAUAAACUAGGUAUGUUAUACAGUGAGGUGCGAGUUUCUCGAAUAUCGAGGAGAGGAUGCUCAUGACAGUAUAGAGAGGAAAGAAGAGACAUCGAUAAGAAAUGAGCGAGGAAUUUUUUUUCUUGGCUUUACUGUGAUUCGACUUACAUUCCUCACUCGCUGUGUUUUCAGGUUGUUUGUUUUGAUCUUUCACUUUGAAUGGCGGCCGCCAGCUCUUAUGAAGAGGCUCGCAAGCAGCACCUUGAAGAAAAUAAAAAACGGCUUGAAGAUUUGGGGAUUUUGAAAAUUUCACAGAGUUUAUCACUUCUCACCAAUUCUAACAGCAAGUCUCAGAAGCGUCCCCCAAAGCCUAAGCCGGAGAGCGUUUACAUGUUGGAGCCAAGACGCUCUUCACGGGUCCGCAACUCUGUUGCUUCAUAUUGCGACGAAGUUGACAUAAGCCUUCGACCUUUGCGAAAAAGGUCAAAGUUAAAUUCAUCAUGGGCAAGCUAUCUUGCAAGGCCAUUGAAUGAAGUUAUAACUGCUUCUUAUGAAGAAAGGGUUCAUGCUAUCAAGGCUGCAGAGGAGAUCCAAAGCAAUCUACAGUCUGGAAAUCCAUCUUUUGUCAAAUCAAUGGUUCGAUCUCAUGUUUAUAGCUGUUUUUGGCUGGGGCUUCCUUCCAAGUUUUGCGAGGACCAUCUACCAAAAACGUUAUUGGACAUGGUAUUAGAAGAUGAGAAUGGUACAGAAUAUGGGGCCGUCUAUAUAGGCAAGAGGACUGGGCUUAGUGGUGGUUGGAGAGGAUUUGCACUAGAUCAUAAACUGGAUGAUGGUGAUGCUUUAGUAUUUGAAUUGAUUGAGCCAGCAAGAUUCAAGGUUUAUAUAGUGAGAGCAUCAGAAGUUUCAAGUAAAAAAAAUGAUGCGGAUGUAGAUGAAGUACAUAGUGCUGCUAAAAGGAGAUCAAAGCGAGCUACAAGGUUAAAUAAAUGCAAUGAAUCUGAACCAAAACAGGAUCGAAAAUCAACCCAAAAAGUAAUUGAAAGUAGUGAGUCAACGGUCCAUCAGGGGGGUGGAGUGAAAAAUGAAGACGAGUUAGAGGAUGUAAAUGCGACCGAAGGGCCUAGAAAGAGAAUCACCCGUUCAAAGCGUCUGACUAAGAAAUUAUCUUGAGAAAGUUACAUUUUGAAGGUGGUAAGAUUUAUUUGGUGGUUUAGGCUUAAAAGAGUUCUACUGCAUAUAUGAAGCAACAAGUGUUUUUUCUCUCUUUUUAAUUAGUUUGACAGACUUGCUAAGUGCUGCAGAUCUGAUUAAGGAUCGACCUCUGACUGAUCGAUUGAUUUUGUGAUCAAUGGACAACCGAGUUAAGUGUUGUACCAUCUCGAUUUUUAGACAUGCUAUGGGCAGGUUAAAAAUGGAAUUGGAACAAAAAUUAACUUCUAUA